GAGAAUCCCAAAAAUUGACAUCCAGAUUGCGGUGGAGCAGGGACUGAGUGGGACAAAACCCCGAAGAAAAACAUUUACAGUUUUCGGUGCAGAAAACUAAGACGAUCCGAUUUUUAAUGACGACAGCCUCUGUUAUAGGCUCUCUACCACUCUGCUUGGUGCAUCGUCCGUUUAAUGGAAUAGAAUGUAGUUGAGAUUCUAAACAUAUAGGGGGCAUUCUUAAAAGCCGUUUUUGCAUUCAAACCAAUCCCCACGGAUAGGAGCCUGGUCUGUGCGUCGUGUGUUUAGGGGUUUGGAAGACAACAACGUCGAAGCCCACAGUUUGAACCACUUCACCUUAUAUUCAGUGUUCGAGGAGCCGCUGCAGACGAGUCAUCCAAAUGUGCGAUUCUGAUGCCAGCUUCUAAGCCUGCAGAAAAAAUCGGCAAAAUGAAAAAGUUGAGAAGAACUUUAUCCGAGAGUUUCAGAAGCAUUGCGUUCAAGAAAGAGGACAGCGGCUUUGACGAAAUAUGUGUCACGAAGAUGUCCACACGCAGCCUCCAGGGAAAGGACGUCAAACCCCUGGACACCAUCCCUGAGGACAAGAAGGUGAAGGUCCAACGCACGCAGAGCGGCUUCGACCCCUUUGAGAAGCCGGCGGGCCAGGUGAAGAGGGUCCACUCGGAGAACAAUGCCUGCAUCAGCUCCAAGAGCGCCGCCAGCGGCAAAGAGUCGCCCAAACUGCGCCGCCACUCCAGCCCCAGUUCUCCUACAAGCCCCAAGUUUGGAAAAGCUGAUUCCUAUGAGAAGCUGGAGAAGCUGGGAGAGGGAUCAUAUGCCACGGUUUACAAAGGAAAGAGCAAGGUGAACGGGAAGCUGGUGGCCCUGAAGGUGAUCCGCCUGCAAGAGGAGGAGGGCACCCCCUUCACGGCCAUACGAGAAGCAUCUCUCCUCAAAGGCCUGAAGCACUCCAAUAUUGUUCUGCUCCAUGACAUCAUUCACACCAAGGAAACCCUGACUCUCGUCUUUGAGUAUGUGCACACAGACCUGUGUCAGUACAUGGACCGGCAUCCCGGGGGCCUCCACCCGGACAACGUCAAGCUCUUCCUGUACCAGCUCCUGCGAGGGCUGUCCUACAUCCACCAGAGGUACAUCCUGCACCGAGACCUCAAGCCCCAGAACCUGCUAAUCAGUGACACCGGGGAGCUGAAGCUGGCUGACUUUGGUCUGGCCAGGGCCAAGUCCGUCCCAAGCCACACGUACUCCAACGAGGUGGUGACCCUGUGGUACCGACCCCCAGAUGUCCUCCUGGGCUCCACCGACUACUCCACCUGCCUCGACAUGUGGGGUGUAGGCUGUAUCUUCAUCGAGAUGAUCCAGGGAGUGGCAGCCUUUCCUGGGAUGAAGGACAUCCAGGACCAGCUGGAGAGAAUAUUCCUGGUCCUGGGAACCCCCUCAGAGGACAUCUGGCCAGGGGUCCACUCCCUGCCUCACUUCAAACCAGACCGCUUUACAGUUUACAGCGCUAAGAAGCUCAGACAAGCAUGGAAUAAGCUGGGCUACGUGGACCAUGCAGAGGAGCUAGCGUCCAGGUUCCUCCAGUGCUUCCCAAAGAACCGCAUCUCAGCGCAGGCAGCUCUGAACCACGAGUACUUCAGCCACCUACCGCCACGGAUCUGGGAGCUGCAGGACAUGUCUACCAUCUUCACGGUGGCGGGGGUGAAGCUACAGACUGAGUCCGGGGACAGCAUACAGGUCUGCGCCAGGAGGAACAGCCAGGGCAAGGACUCCACCUCGGGCAGUAAGCACUGACCAGAGACCAGCUUCCCGGUGUACCGCUCGCCAGGUGGACGUCCCGGCCAACGAGGGCACAGAUUUUCCGAUGAAGGAUGCAGCUGAAUAAGGACACUUCACUUCACUCUCUUUAAGUUAUUGUCCUCACAAAAGUGUGUGUGUGCGUGUGCGUGUGGGUGUGUAUGUGUAUGCGUGAGAGCUCGGGAGUGUACAUAUGUGAGUGCAUGUGAGAGUAUUUUGAUGGUAGCUAAGAUUUCAGGCUAUCAUUUGCAAUUUUUUUGUUUACUUUUUAUAAGGUGAUGAUCACACAUAUAAUACCAUUGUCACAAUAUCAACGAAAGGACUUCACUGUUGCUAUAUAUUGUGAUUUGUGUUUGUUACUAGCUACCUAUUUAAGAAUGUAUAUUUCUAUGUACAAUAUACUCAUCUAGAAAAAUAUUUAAUGGACAAUUUUAAUAUGCCUACAUCUUCCCACCAACGCUCCAGUUCAUGCCAAGACACAAAACAAGGACACACAUGCAAUGAAAAACGAACAAAAAGAAUGCAGAACGAUUCAGAAAAAUAAUCAAACGGCAAUAUUUUAAGAUACUCUUCUUCUCUACACCUUAUCAGGUUGAGGGUGCAAUUACUGUAACUGCACACAAUAAUGGUAUUCAAACGGCAAUUAUUAAUAUGACGCAGAUAUUUUGUGUUGUGUUGUUUUCUGAGAAGCCAACCGGUUGAAAGACAUGGAUGCCACCACAACAAUGUUGUUGUUUUUCUUACAAUUUGAGCUGCAAUAUCAUGACCGGUGAAGACCAACCCAGAAGUCUGUGUUCUUGCCUAUGUGCUUGUUUGUGUGUCGGCGUGCGUGCGUGUGUGUGUGUGCGUGCGUGCGGCGUGCGUGCGUGCGGGUCUGUUUGUGUAUUGAACAUGGGCAAUAUCUAAGCACUGGUGCUUCCAUGCAUGAGCUAAUCUAUGUGAGAGUUUCUAAACAAAGGCAAUAGAGUCAGUGUCUCGUUCCAUCUUAACUUCGACAAUCCCUGGUUAAGCUCCUUCUGUUCCCUAUCAAAGAUCGUGAUGUGUAUUUUACCAGACAUGAAAACCAUGUCUUUGUGAGGAGACCUUCAAAAUGUGUGGUUCUCACAAUCCAAUGAUUCUAUGUGUUGACAUAUUUGUUGCUUUUCUUUUUAAAGUAAUGAGAAAAGGGUUUGACUGUCAAUUAGUCUGGGAGGAGUUGCCUUGGCUGUGUUUUGUGUGAAAAUACAAUUCCGACUUUGUAAUCAAUGUGAAAUACCAUCAAGACCACAGCUUCCAUUCAUUAAUGAAUUUGAGACGUACUGAAACCACACCUUCAUGGCUCUGCACUGUCAGCCAGCAAAGGCAGCAAGCGUAAACCAUGAACCACUAAACACUGUGGAUCGCUAGCGGGAGGACUGUUGUUCUGAAAGAGUUCACAUGACCUUCAACACACAGACACAACUCACACACAUCCACAAUACAGAGUACACACAUCCGUAGAAGCUACACAGACAAAAUUCAAAGAACAGCCACACCAUGUUUCCCUGGUUGAUAUUUCCCCCUUUUUGCAAUCAUGAAAAAAGUCUCUUUAAGAUGUGCUCCGCUGUUUGGGAGACUGUGUCUCAGCUUUAAUAUCCAUGUCAUCAUUCCAAAUGAUGGCUAUCACACAAAAAAAUAGACUAAAAAGGUAAUACUUCGUCCCUCUAAAGUUUUGAGAAUGCACUUUUAAAAAAUAUAUAUAGAUCUAUUUGCCCUACAUUCCAGCAUAUAAGAUUACUUUACUACGCCUGCAUUGACCUUAAUUAUAUACCCUGCUUUGCCUGAAUGCGCAAAAAAAUCAGCCUUCAAAUGUAAAUAUGAUCCCGCGGUUUUGAAUCUUUACUACAAAUAGAUGGGACACAGAAUUGUAAACUUGAAAGUUAUCUCACAGCUGUUUGGGGGUUGUCCUCCCCGGCAAUGUGGGUGUGAGCAGUUAAAGAGGAAUAGGAUCAAAUGGGGAGGCUCCGAUCGCUAGGAUGGCAAAAAAAAAAGCGAGAAAACAGUAGAGGGUAAAUAUUGAGCUGCAUGUUCCGAUAGCUUUUAGUUGUCGCUGGUUGUGUUAGCAGCUCAAUGAUUAUUUUUGAUAACUCCUCCUCGUUGCACACGUUUUCUGAGUAGCAGAUCUUUUUUUUAGUUUUGUUUUGGUCCACCCCUGAGUACACUAGUGCUCCACACCAGAACGAUACAGCCCACAGUGUGAAAUUAAAACAUAUGUGUGUUUGACUUCAACGAGGGGCCAUGUUCACACGACCACAGCGCCGUUUGAAUCCAAUAUCUUGUUUUGUCAAUAAUGAUAAACACAUUAGUCUAUGAAGGGUGGUCUAGAGGGGGGGGGGGGGGUUGGAACUAUUGCACAUAUAGCACUGUGACAGUUGAAAUUAAAAGCAAUUCGGCAUUUGUUUUGCCAUUCGUUGAUAACAAUAUACUGAUGCCGUUUUUAAAGAAAAAGGGAAAUAAAUGCAUUGGAUUGAGAAAUGUAUUGGCUACAUUUCAAGUAAAACGUGUAAAUAUUGUAUUUGUAUUCUUUGUUACACGCUGUGUUACACUGCGUAUGACAUGAGGCUUAAUAACAACUGUCUUUAGGUAUGCAUAUACGUUUGCAUUUGCCCUCUUGGUUUGAAAAAAAGGUUUAAUGAACUCCUCACCUUUUGAGUACACUACACACGUUUUCGGGGGCUAAUUGUAUCGUUUCAUCCACGCAGACAUAAUAUAGGCGUUAUCCGAUCAUUGCCGUGCUGAACACUGAAACUGUAUUAUAUGGUUUUUCAAGAAAGCUUCACUUGCAUCUUUUUCUUUUUUUUAUGUAUGCUGCACUGAAAAAAUUAAACAAUCAAUUUCAAAAGUGGUUUGGAAAAUAAAGCGUUGCCAGUCACUUCCUAGAGUGAAACGAUAUAGUCUAUAGUAGUAUAGCUUCUGCCGCAUUAUCGGUUACAACCUGUAGGCCUAUGUAAUAUGGUAUUAUGGAAGAUGUAAUGUCCUUCUGUAAAAUGGUGUUUAUUGUUGUUUUACCUGAAAUAAAACUUUAUUAAUGCUUCAAAGUA